AUAAGAGAUAACCUCAGUAAAUUGUUAUUUUCAAGGUUGUAAGUGGAAAAUCAACAAAAUGAAGACUCAAUCAAUCAAUGCCCUCUUGUUCUUCCUGAUUCUCUUCCUUGUUUCUGGAAAUUGUUGGGGAAGGCAGUUGAGUGCAGACAAAGACAAUGUAAGGGUACUCAGGUUUUGUCGCCAAGCAAUAUUGGAAUUGGAUAGCCCAAUAGAAUGCUCGCUUAAGCAUUGUCAAAGGCAAUGUUCACUAGACGAUUAUAGAUACCAUGUUUUUGGCAGAUGCAAUUAUUCCACCAUGAAAUGUGACUGUUACGGAUAUUGUGGGCCACAAUAAAAGACGAGAGUGUUUAGGUUUCUCUUUUUGCAUAAUUAUGCCUCACAUUUCGUCCGAUGUUGAAUGGUUUCGUUUCAUAAAUUGUAUCAAUAAAUUCUCUCUUUUUCCAGUUAAUUAGUGGAUUUUUUUUUAUUAGCGAAUGAUGUAGCUGGAUUUUUUACUUCCAGGUUUCUCUAUUUAAGGUGAUGGUAAGGAAUCUUUG